UUCAACUUUGAACAUCUCAUCCCGCACUACUAACGCCAGUCCCGGAACCCGACUGUACAGCAAAAAUGUCUGACAACGGCGAGAUCGAGGUCGAGAACUCCGCCCUCUACGAGGUGCUUCCCAAGGAUGUUGUCAAGGAGGUUGGCAACGUCAAGCUCUUCAACAAGUGGGACUACGAUGUUGAGGUCCGCGACAUCUCCCUGACUGACUAUAUUUCCCUGCGAAACCCCGUCUACGUCACCCACACCGCUGGCCGAUAUGCCACCAAGCGAUUCCGCAAGGCCAACUGCCCUAUCAUUGAGCGAUUGACCAACUCUCUGAUGCACCACGGCCGCAACAACGGAAAGAAGCUCAUGGCUGUCCGAAUUGUCGCCCACGCCUUCGAGAUCAUCCACCUUAUGACCGACCAGAACCCCAUCCAGGUCGCUGUCGACGCCAUCGUCAACUGCGGUCCCCGCGAAGACUCUACCCGAAUUGGUUCCGCCGGUACCGUCCGACGACAAGCCGUUGAUGUCUCUCCUCUCCGCCGAGUCAACCAGGCUAUCUCUCUCCUCACCACUGGUGCCCGCGAGGCCUCUUUCCGCAAUGUCAAGUCCAUUGCCGAGUGCCUUGCUGAGGAGCUUAUCAACGCUGCCAAGGGUUCCAGCAACUCUUACGCUAUCAAGAAGAAGGAUGAGUUGGAGCGUGUGGCCAAGAGCAACCGAUAAAAGGUGCAAUGGUGUAUCACGGUUGGAAGGGUUGGCUUUGGCGUGUUCCGGCUUCUUUCAGAAUUGCAUUUUGCGUUCAUCGGGUCUGGGAACGCGGCUAUGGAUUUUCUUAGGUGGCUACAGAUUCAAUAAAAAAGUCGGGCUCCCUGAGAGUUAAAUGAAAUGAACACAAAAAAACAUAAACAAUGAACUCCUUUAAUGUAUACCCGUGUUUAUGGUCACAUGAAUUGUUUGAUGAACUCCACUAAACUCUGUGCGAUUGUGCAUAUAAGAAAAGACCCAAGUCUUGCUACUACUAUCUGAUCUUGCGCCUCUCUCUAGGUACCUGGGUAACAGUUCAAAGUCUGUUGUCAAACCGCCGCAUGUGCAAAGGAUGGGUAUCUAAUCUAGUCGAACCGUCUUCUGUCCGAUUUCCAGUCGUUGAAACAUACCAACAUGGGGCAUGCCCUCUUCCCACCAAGUGCCCAUAUCCUCAUCUACCUCGAAGCCCCAUUUCUUCCAGAAAUCCACGACCUGCUUCUGCGCGUGAACACAUACGAGCCCUGCCCAUUGGGGUAUCUUUAAUUCAGUUCCAAUCACCGGAUCGAGUUGCUUAAGACCAGACUCUGUAACACUAGGAUCGAAAUACGAGGGGUUGUCUCUCAGCCAGCUGAGAACUGUGGUCACGAGUAGGCCAGCGAUGCGACGUCCUCGAAACUCCUCAAUGACUGCCAGACGACCCAAUUUCACAUACGGCUCCUGCCCGUUGUGAAAAGUUGUCUUUCGGUCCAUGAUGUAUGGCUUCUCUGGAGAGGUUUCCGGUGCAUCUCCAUUUUUGUGGCCGUUCUUGUCACCGUUCUCGUCUUGCAAGACACCGUUCCAGUACUUCCCUCCAUUCUCGGGAUGAGGGUCGUGGGGGAAUGGCACAAGUCUUAUUGUUCCAAUCGGGGUUGAGCGUGUCGAGCUCUUUCUCGGGUGCAU